GUAUGGGCGGGACCUCAAAACAUCAGGGAAGUGUUUUCACGUAGCAGACACAAACAGAGAGGCACAAAACAAGGCAACUGUUUCUAUUAAAGCCUCUUAAAGGAGUUAGUCGCACCUCGGUUAUGAUCCUGGACUGGUUACACAGGCUAGUUGUAACGUUAAGUUGGUUUUAAAGUGUUAAAUCAACUCAUAUCUACUCAGAAGAGGAGGGAGAAGUACUUCAACCUGAGCUUCCUGAAGUGAAGUCAAGCUAGGAGGUAACCUGAACCCAGCAGCCACAGAGGACGGAGAAGGUGACAAACUAAGUUCAGGAACAAGUAGUAAGCUAUCUAAUAAGACUAUUUAACUUCCCGUGAUGUCUCUGGCCGACCAGAGCCAGCAGUGGUUCCCUACCAGCGUCCAGGUAACGGUUCACCAGGCUCGCAACCUGCGACCAAAGGGCAAGAAUGGCACCAACGACGCCUACGCCAUCAUGCAGGUGGCCAAAGACAAGUUCUCCACCUCGGUGUCGGAGAAAUGUCUCGACCCGGUGUGGAAAGAAGAGGCUUCCUUCGACCUGCCGCUCUUCCACCCGGGAAACGGGGACCGCUGCACGCUGUACAUCAUCGUGAUGCACCGGGCUCAUGUGGGGCUCGACAAGUUCCUGGGUCAGGCUGUGGUCAACCUGCUGGAGCAGCACGACAACGACCUCCGCAAGAAGACUGAAUGGUUCAAGCUGGUGGACAAGAGUGGAAAAGAGGACAAGGCGCGAGGGGAGGUGCUGCUGGAUAUCCAGUUUUUGAGAAACAACAUGUCAGCCAGCAUGAUGGACCUUUCUAUGCAGGACAAACCGCGCUCCCGCAUGUCCAAGCUGAAGGACAAAGUCCGUGGGAAGAAAAAGGAUGGCUUCUCUGACUCUGCUUCAGCUAUUGUUCCCUCUGUCAGCAUUGUCCUCACAGACAGCGAGGGAGAGGCUGACACACAGUCAAUCACAUCACAUCAGUCUGAAGGAGUGAAAAAGAAAUCUAAGCUCAAAACCCUCUUUGCUCCCAAAUCAAACUUGCAGCGUAACAUCUCACAGUCCAUGUCUACACUGGGGACUCUUCCAGAGAAGAAUUCAUCUCUCAGUGCCAGCCGCUCAUCUGGUCUCAACGUCGACUCUCCUGAAGGUAAAAAGAAAUUCAAAUUCCUUGGACACAAGCGGACAGGCAGCUCUGACAGCAAGGUGUCUCUGGGUGCCUUCUCCCUACUGGGUCGCUCCAAGCAGAAAGACAUUGACAAGACGUGCAUCAACGGCAACCAUGUGUACGCAGAGAAGAAAGAGCCAGUGGAGAACAGUGGAGACACUCUCAGUCUGAACAGCUCAGGCCAAGGAUCUGUGGAGGAUGUCCGCAAAUACAAAGAAGUCGGUGUAGAUGUCCCCUCCCACCAGCAUGCGUCUACAGAUAGGGCAGUACUGGAGCAACAGCACCAUCAAGAGGAUGAGGAGGAGAAGAGAAAGCAGGCAGAAGAGUGGCGCAUAGCAGAGGCCAAGAGGCUGGAGGACGAGGAGAAGCACAGGGUAGAGGUCCAAAGACUGCGGGAGGAACAUGAGCGAAGACAACAAGAGGAACAGGAGAGGAAGAGACGCUUCCUUGAGGAUGAAGCAAGGAGGGAGGAAGAGAAGAGAAAGCAAGAGGAAGCAGCAGGAAACCAGAGGCUGGAGGAGGACCGCCGCAGAGUGGAGGAGCAGAAACAACAGGAGGAGGCCUCCAUGAGCGACAGGCUGUCGUCUCUGUUUGGAAUGAUCAGGAAGAAAGAGGAGAAAAAGGAGGAGCUGCCCGCAAUGGCUCCUUUAAGCGAAUUAGGAGAUCCUGAUGGACUGAUCUCUGCCCGUUCCCCCAAUCCGUUCGAGGACAUUCCCCUCAGCUCAGACCCUCCAGUUAGCAGUGAUGAAAGCCCAGCUGAUGAUCAGAAAUUCAGCCGUAAAACACAAAUGCCCUCGGCCAUGGCCUUCCUCAACCGCAGUGCUAAAGUGUCUGCAGUCAAACCCAGAUUUACUCAAUCUCUGGAGUCUGAACCUGCUGACUGCCAAACCCCCAGUCAGCUGUAUCCUUCCUCAGCUGAGUCCACCCUUUCUAGUGUCCCAUCUGAGUCCCCCGAUACUUUCUCCAGUCUCCACUCGUCCCUGGCUCCAGCAAUCCCAAUCCAAAGCCCGUCUGGUUCUCCUCGUGGCAGCAUAGAAGAUUUGUCGUCUGCGGGAUCUUCACCCACCAUGUCGGAUAAGAGGAGAAGAGCCCCCAUGCAACCAUCAUAUGCGACCCAAAAUGGAGCUCCAGUCAAGGAGGCCACGAGCCCUACAAGCGUGGCGAUAGAUGGGCCGCUGCCAAAUAGAAAACUGUCUCUGCCACUUCCUGAUUACGAAACCCUGUUUCCUCAGAAGAGACACGGAGUGCAAGGGCAAACUCGAUGGGAUCAUAUAAUCGCUGAGGUCAAUCAGAAAAGCAGGGACUCUGCAGAGAUGAGUGUGGAUGGCCCAGAGGAGCAUGCACCCAGUCGUAGGACGACUUCACUCCAACAGGAGAGUCCUGCUAUAAGGCAUUAUCAAACACAACCUCAGGAGACCAAACCCAUCUCAUCAAAAAAAUCUGCGGCCCCAGCUCCCCCUAAUUCAGUCACACCUCCAUACCUUCGAUCAGCAGCAGACUUCUUUCAAUCUUCAAGCAGAGAGAGUCUCUCAGGGAUAUCCAGGAAUGGAGCAAGGAAGGCGUUACUUCCACCUGCAGCAACACACACACCCAGACUAAUAAGCCAAACGGACUUGGAAACAACACCAAGAAAUGAUCAAAGAGAAAUCACUAAGAACAAGGAUGCACCCACAGCCAGUCCUAGACAGAAGGCUAGUGGCAAAGAGCCCGCACAACAAGAAGAUUCUGCUGUGACACCAGACAAAUAUAUGAACAGUUACAUCCAAACAGCAAGUUUGAGUAGCAUGGACACAAAAGACAGGCAAGUACAGGAGAACUUUGAUUUUGACCCAUUCCCCAUCACUGAGCUUCUCACCAAAGACCCAUGGGCACAGCUGAAGCCCAACAAAGAAGCAGAUGACUUUUUUGCCGGUGGUGUACAAAAAGAGCAGAAAGUUGAAGAUCGGGGAAUGACACCAGGAGAUCUUGAUUCAAUCUUUGGUCAAGAGAAACAGACAGAUCCGUUUGCUGAUUUUAAUGGCAAAGACAGUGAGUACAUGAAAAAAGAUGAAGAUUCAAAGCAAGUCAGCCCUGUUAUCCAAAAAAUGAAUUUACAGAGACGAAAAAUGAAUGUAUUGUUCACAACUCCCUCAGAUAUUACGACUUCCAAGUCUCGACAAGAACCCGAAACAACCAUAACCACAGCUUAUAAAGGCCUCUCUGCAAGAGGUGGCAGGAAUGAGUCCAUCACACCGAAGCCUCCAGCUGAUGCGAAAACACAAAGCAACUUUUAUGGAGGAGAGGAUCAGUUUGGAGCUGAACCUUUUAGCCCUACCGUGACUUUUACAGAACCCCUCCAGGUAGUUGUGGAGGAAGUGGAACCAGCACCUCUGGCAGGAGGUUUAUCUGGGGGGAAGUCACCUUUGCGAGCAUGGGUCUCACCCACUGAUGUUGUCAGUGCUCAGAGUAGCAAUGGAGAUGGGCUAGCCGUUACUCCACGCAGGCCUCAUCCUGUGAAGCCCAUGAACACAGAUAACCAAUAUCCCAUCAGCCCCCCAGGUGUGAAAGACAUUAAGGUCCGCGAGAGAACACCAGGGAAGACUCAGGUGGCAGACACAGUGGGAAGUGGGCCUUUCACUCAGCUGACACAGGAAGAGCUGAUCACACUGGUGGUGAGGCAGCAGGCCGACCUUUCCAACAAGGACUCCAAGAUCGUUGAGCUCGAGGAGUACAUCGACAACCUGCUGGUCCGCGUCAUCGACGAGCAACCCGGCAUCUUGCAAGCUCUGAACUUAAAGCCAGAAUAAGGGUAACGGCAGCCGGAGUCCCACUGAAGGACUCAGUUACGUUUGUUGUGUGUGUGUGUUUGUCCUGUUGUUGUCACUGUGUGUACUGAGAGACACAGUCUCGAUGAAGGUCUUAGAGCAUGAUGCACUUUCUUAGUUUCAGAGUCAAAUUAGUUUGAGAAUGCUGGAAAAUUGUCUCUGAAGUAAACUUAAUAACAAGCAAGUAAAACAUCUUUAUAUGAGCAAAUGAAUGUUUUGACACUAAGGUACUAGAAUUUGCUUUAAAAAAAAAACUUGUUACAUGAAAAUGCAUUCAACAUUUUGAUUUAUAUACCAUGAUGAAACUUGGGUUGAGCUUUAUUUAAUGUACUAAUGAUGCGGAUAAAAAUUAUUGGUUUUUUUAAACUAUUAUCUGGCCUUUUUUACUCUUUACGCCGGGCUUUGUGUAACUUAUUGCUGUGUGAUGAAUGAUACAUAACCUUAAACAACCAUUCCAAAUAUUCAUGCAUCAUCUUAAUGAGGUGAGACCGUAAUGUUUCUCUCAUAUGACUUAUGAUCUAAUGAGUCACGAUUAAGAUUGUUUAUAUAACAAGGGCACAUUGACUUUUCCCUCCACCACUGUAGUCUUAUUCUUUUUUUUAUUUUAUUUUGUUGAUCCUUUUGGCUUGCAAUUAAUAACAUUCCUCCCACAUUUAACUCACCACAGGCGAAUGUCAGCUGGUUGCCCAGUCCUUAAAAACAUGUCGUGCCUAACUUUGCUUCAAAGAGGUAUUAAUUAGAAAACCAGCAAUAACUAAAAGCAAACAGCUGCUAUGUAUUGUAUAUAGUUUGAAUUACACAGCAGCAGGUACAGCAGUGUUUCUCUUUCAUGUGGUUGUUAUGUAGCCUGUGCACAUAUUUUAAAAUAUUAUGCAAGAAUCAAACUCUUCUAAUAAUAAUAAUAAUAUUGUGAGAUUUUGAUCCCUGUGAUGUUUGUGUUGUAUUUGUAAAAUGAAAACCAAGAGAUAAUCAAAAACCAAUCAUCAGACGAAUGAUAAUAGACUCAGUAUCAGUAAUAACCAACCAGCCUUGUCUUUGUAUUUGAACUACACUAAUGAAUGAACAUCUAUGCCUUUAAUAUGACAAUAUUAUUUCAUGUCUUGGCAGCAAUGAAAGCAAUAUUAAUCUCCAGAAUGUACGGACCUGUGCCUUUUACAAACCUUUUUCAUGACUUGUAUGUCUGAUUUGCUGGAUGGAAAGUUGUUGUGUUGUUGGCCUCUCUUCUUGUGCCGGAGUGAGAGCUCAAAGAAUGUGCAGAAUGUACCGCAACCUGUUGUAUCGAGUGUCCGUCGACAUGACGAUAAUACUACAGUCUAUGUAAAACUUCUGAAAGAAGUGACGCUGGGCAAAUUAUUGUUUUAUUUGAAAUAAAGACACUAAUUAUUUCACCACA